UUAGGUGAUUAACAAAACAAAAGAUUAUCACAAUUGGUGUAGCUGAGAUUGUAUUUGAGAUAUCGCAGAAGAUAGUCGUACCUGUCGCUAUAAGUGUGUUAACAUUGUGCUAAUCGUCGAAUUGUGUUCAGUGAGUUCCACAUCUAACUAUAGCAGGAUUUUAAAAUUUUCUCGAAAAACCUAGAUUCGUUAGCUCAACAUAUAUUUAUACCAAACAAUCAUGUUCGCACUUUGGUACUUUUCUCUUGCUGUGGAUGAAAUAAGAAACAAAUCAGACACCAUGGUUGACGCUGCAGUUCUGGAGAAAUUGGAAGCCGGAUUCGCCAAGCUGGCGGCCUCGGACUCCAAGUCCCUGUUGAAGAAAUACCUGACCAAGGAGGUUUUCGAUGCCCUGAAGAACAAGAAGACUUCUUUUGGUUCCACUCUGUUGGACUGCAUCCAAUCCGGCGUUGAAAAUCUCGACUCCGGCGUCGGUAUCUACGCCCCGGAUGCCGAAUCGUACUCCGUUUUUGCUGAUUUGUUCGACCCCAUCAUCGAGGAUUACCACAAAGGCUUCAAGAAGAGCGACAAACACCCGGCCUGCGAUUUUGGCGAUGUCAACUCAUUCGGCAACGUUGACCCGACCGGCGAGUUCGUCGUGUCGACCCGUGUCCGCUGUGGUCGCUCGAUGGAGGGUUACCCGUUCAACCCAUGUCUGACCGAGGCCCAGUACAAGGAGAUGGAACAGAAGGUUUCGUCCACCUUGUCCGGACUGGAGGGUGAACUGAAGGGCAAGUUCUACCCAUUGACCGGAAUGGAGAAAUCCGUCCAGCAGCAGUUGAUCGAUGAUCACUUCCUGUUCAAGGAAGGCGAUCGUUUCCUGCAGGCCGCCAACGCUUGCCGUUUCUGGCCAUCUGGACGUGGUAUCUAUCACAACGACAACAAGACCUUCUUGGUCUGGUGUAAUGAAGAGGAUCACCUUCGCAUCAUCUCCAUGCAGAUGGGUGGUGAUCUGGGACAGGUCUACCGUCGUCUCGUCAGUGCCGUCAACGACAUUGAGAAGCGUGUGCCAUUCUCCCACCAUGAUCGUCUCGGUUUCCUGACUUUCUGCCCAACCAACUUGGGUACUACCAUUCGUGCAUCUGUUCACAUCAAAGUACCGAAACUGGCCAAGGAUUACGCCAAGUUGGAAUCGAUUGCCGACAAAUAUAACCUGCAGGUGCGUGGUACCCGCGGUGAGCACUCCGAAGCUGAGGGUGGCAUUUAUGACAUCUCCAACAAACGUCGCAUGGGCCUGACCGAAUUCCAGGCUGUCAAGGAGAUGUACGAUGGCAUUUCUGAGCUCAUCAAAAUUGAGAAGUCGUUGUAAUUUGGAAGCAUACCCCACUAAUCCAACACUAACACAAGCAAGAUGAAGAACACAAUUGAUAAAAACAGUUAAAUAAAAGCCAAAUAAAAAUACAAAGUAAAAAUUGCAA